GGAAUCUGCCCUCGCCGCUCUUGCCCUGCUCUUGCCCCGCUCACGCUUAGCGCUGGCCUUUUCCCCAUCUUGAACAAACUGUACAACAACUGCCUGUGUUGUGCCAUAAGCAAACCCAACUCCUUAUUCCCGCAGUCUGUGAUCGACCUCUGCCGUGUUUGUUCCUUUUCUACUCUCACAACUGCUACGUACGGCGCUCCGCGAACUCCCAUACGAAAUAUGUCCCGACGAGACUACCCACCCUCUUACUCGUCCCGCGACGAAGGCCAGAGCUACGGCAACAACGGUUACGGCAACGGCAGCCAAGGCGGUCGCUACGCUCCACAGGACAAAACCAACUACGGAGAGAAGCCGGGCAACUACCGGUCCAACGGCGGCGGCGGCGGCGGCGGGUAUGAGGCACCGAACAAAUGGGCAGCAGCAGCAUCCCGCCAAGAGUCCCACCAGGGCACCGGUUACAAAAACUACGACGACAGCCCCUACCGCUCCUGGGAGACCGUCAACGACGAACCCGAAGACUACGACAACGAAGGCUGGCUGACCCGCAAAACCCAAAAAGUGCAGAACGACUCGCUCAUGAGCACCCGCCGCACCGUCGCGCGGAUAGCAGAGGCCGACACGCUCGCGCAGAGCAACAUGGCGCGGUUGGAGUCGCAGGAGGAGCAGCUGAUGAAAGUGAAUACGAGGAUGGAGAGUGCGGGGCAGUACGCAAAGGUUGCUGACGCAAAGACGGAUCAUUUGAAGUCGUUGAAUCGGAUGUUCUUCAUGCCUACGUUUGGGAGCAAGAAGGCGAAGAAGAGGGAGGAGAAGUACGCUGCUGCUGCCAGCGCAUAUGCCUCGUCUCCCGCUGCCGAGGAGGAGAAUGCCGCCCCCGAGCCAUCGAGGGGCUACGGCCGUUACGCCGAUGAAAGCUACGGUCGCUCUAACAACGGGCAACGCUCCUACUCCACCCCGGCCAACAUCGAGCGCGACGCAACAGAAGAGGAGAUCGACUCCAACAUCGAUCAGAUCUCGGCUGGGCUGGGGCGGUUGAAGAUGAUGAGUCAGGCUAUGAAUGAGUCGUUGGGCAAACAGACGGGGUUGAUCAACAAGAUUUCCGAUAGGACGGAUUAUACGAGGGAUCAUUUGCGGAAUACUACCAGGAAGAUUGAGAAUAUCAAGUAGGGUAGACAACACAAUGUAUAUAGCGGCCCAGGGAUUGGCGUAGGUAGAAGCUGCGGGCAGGUCUCUUUUUUUUAUUCCUCCCUUUCAAUCAAGGAUUUUGUACAUAUAGGCCUGUUUUCCGGCUCAUGCUGAGCUCAUGCACCCGUGAGGGAUGGUGGUUUAGAUUAAUUUGGCCUUCGCAUUCCGAGCUAAUGGCGCCAGGUCAUCAGCGCAGAAGAGAAACGGGCUCUGCUACUGUUCAACCAAGAGGCGAAUAUGAGGAAAGAGACGGAGAUCAUUGCAAAUUUCAAGGAUAUGGUGUCGGCC